AUGAAACUCUACAGCCUCUCAGCCGGUCUCUUGGCGAUCCUGCCGCUCGGUGUGGCUGCAGAUGAUCUUGUCGUUGCCUCCGUGUCAAACGACCUGGCAAACAUGGUCUUGGGUAAUGCCGGGACUUGCUGCGUGGGCCUGAAGCUCUUCCUCGGCGACAAGGUCUCAGUUGAGGGACAGUCUGUCUACACAAACUCGUUAGAGUCGUACUUCAGUCUGCAAAACGCCCAAUUAACGCCCAACUGUAUCAUUACGCCUACAUCUAAGGAGGACGUGGCUCUGUCUGUUUUCCUGCUCAACGUCGGAAGCAAAUUACUUCCUGGGCGUUGCAACUUUGCCAUCCGGUCGGGCGGUCACACUCCUUGGGUGGGUGCCAACAACAUCGACGAUGGCGUCACGAUAGACCUGUCCAAGCUCAACCAGGUCAACGUUUCCAAGGAUCGCAAGACCGUUGAUGUCGGCCCGGGAAACCGAUGGCUCGACGUCUAUGGGCGCCUUGAGACCCAAGGCCUCACAGUUGUCGGUGGCCGCGCCUCGAUCGUUGGUGUUGGUGGCCUGACCACCGGAGGUGGCAUCUCAUACUUCUCACCACGGUACGGCUACGCCGUCGACAACAUUGACAACUUUGAGGUUGUCCUGGCAUCCGGCCAGAUUGUCAACGCCAACAGCAAGACCAACACUGAUCUCUUCAAGGCGCUCAAGGGUGGUUCUGGCAACUUUGGCAUCGUUACUUCGUUCACCAUGCGCGCCUACGAGCAAGGCCCCAUGUGGGGAGGCUUCGUUGGCUUCGACAUCUCCACCAUUGACAAGCAGUUUGCCUUCUUUGAGAGCCUGACCGGCUCUGCCAACUAUGAUCCCUAUGCCUCGUUCAUCCUCAACGUGGUCUAUGACCAGGCUACCACGUCCUGGUCGGCAUCUCACUCUGUUGUGUACUCCAAGCCCGUCGCCAACCCGCCGGCUUACCAGCCGCUUCUUGCUCUUCCCCAGACCUUCAACACUGCCGACGUCAAGAACCUGACUCAGCUCACCAUUGAGCUGGGCUACUCCAACCCAAACGGCCGGAGACAACUGUUCACAACCGCCACUUUCAAGAACAGCGCCGCGAUGCUGUCUGAGAUCUACAAGAUCGCCCAAACCAACGUCAACUCCAUCUCCGGCAUCUCGGGAAUCAAGUACAGUUUGUCCUUCCAGCCGAUCCCCACCGUCAUCAACUCAAAGGCGGCCGCAAGCGGCGGCAACUCGCUCGGCCUCGACGCCAGCGACGGCAACCUGAUGAAUAUGCUCCUCACCGUGACGUGGGACAACAAGUCGGACGACGCCACCGUCGAGAGCGCGGCCAAGAACCUCUUCGCCCAGGCCAACACCAAGGCCAAGUCGCUGGGCAAGUUCCACGAGUACCUCUACCUCAACUACGCGGCCAAGUGGCAGGACCCCAUCUCCGGCUAUGGCGCCGACUCCAAGGCCAAGCUGCAGGCUGCCAGCAAGAAGUACGAUCCGGCGGGACUGUUCCAAAAAAACGUCCCAGGCGGCUUCAAGCUCUUCUGA